CUCUCCUCUCUACGAACAAUUAACUACCAAGUAUCUCUUUACCGAACACACGCUUUUCUAUUCUUGCGUUUCGUGGUUUUGCAUUGGCUCACAUUGAACAGGACAGACGAUAUAACGGUGACUGACCCUGGCACGGAACCUCUUUAAUUGCCCUGGUAUAAACCAGUAUGGCCUCCGACGGCAAUACAGGUUCUGUGAAAGAGCAACCGCACAAUAAAGUGCCAUCUCAACAACUUCACCAGCAACCACAAGGACCCCCUCUCAAUGUCAUCGCCCUGAUCUCAGGAGGGAAAGACUCCCUAUUCUCCAUACUCCACUGCCUAGCCAACGGCCACAACGUUGUCGCCCUCGCCAACCUCCACCCACCCAAGCACCAAUCCCCCAAUGGCACGCUUUCAGAAGAUGAGGAAGGUGAUGACCUCAAUAGUUAUAUGUAUCAAACCGUUGGUCACACCGUCAUUCCUCUCUACUCACAGGCUCUCAACCUCCCCCUCUACCGCCAGGAGAUCCUCGGCACUGCCGUCAACACAUCGAGGGACUACUCCGCGCACUCUCUAACCGCCAGUCAAUCCUCGUCCCCAACUUCAACAUCAUCAGACGAAACCGAAUCCCUAAUUCCGCUCCUCCGGAAAGUCAUGGCCGCACACCCAUCUGCCAACGCCAUCUCGACCGGCGCAAUCCUGAGCACGUACCAGCGGACGCGUGUCGAGUCCGUCGCGCUGCGCCUCGGCCUCGUCCCGCUGUCCUACCUGUGGCAGUACCCUCUGCUGCCGCCGUACUCGCAGUGCGGGCUGCUUCGAGACAUGGUGACCGUGGGGCAAGACUCCCGGAUCAUCAAGGUUGCGUCUGGAGGGCUGGACGCGAGUUUUGUUUGGGAGGACGUCGCGGCCGAGAGGACGAUCAAGAGGAUGCAAAGGGCAAUGGCGAGGUUUGGGGAGAACGGGGACGGGGCGAUACUGGGCGAGGGGGGAGAGUUCGAGACUUUGGCUGUUGACGGGCCUGGCGUGCUGUGGAAGGGGAGGAUUGAGAUUGAGGAGGAUGGGGUUGUGACGGGUGAGGGGGGGAAUGUGGUCUUCAGGGGAAAGAACCAGAGGGUGGUCCAGAAAGAAGAGAAUGACGAGAGGAGAGGACUGGAGGAUCUGAGGAUGCCGGACGUGUGGGACGACGAGUUCAAGUCUGUCUUGGAUGCCCUCACGUUGUCGAUCAACGAUACACCGACGGUGACGAUAUCACCCCGUCCCUCACCAUCAUGCACCAUCACCCUCCCCAUCAACACCAUAUACACCACCCCCUCAACCCUCACCCUCUCCAACUUCAGCAACCCACCCUCUACUUCUCCAGCCGCCCCCUCAACUCAGCUCCUCAAGAUCCUCGAAACCGUAACCACAAUGCUCUUCAACCACAACCUCACCCCGAGCUCAAUAUCCCAUACCACCCUGAUCCUCCGCCACAUAUCCCUCUUCGCGCCCUUGAACGAACUCUACGCCUCCAUCUUCCCCUCUCCAAAUCCACCUUCCCGCGUCACCGUCGCGUGCGGCGAUUCCCUGCCCCCAGGAAUCGACGUCAUGCUCUCCGCCAUUGUGCCCUACCACCACGCAGAAGAGAGGAGGGGACUUCACGUGCAGAGUCGCUCGUACUGGGCUCCCGCAAACAUUGGUCCGUACUCGCAAGCCAUCUGCUCGCCUCUCCCUUCGAGACCGUGGGAGGCGAGGGGUGCGGAGGUCGUCUACGUGGCUGGACAGAUUCCUCUCGUGCCAUCUACCAUGGAACCACCCCCUCCAAGUCCGACGAGGGGACAUUUCGCGAAGGAAACGACGCUGGCGCUACAGCACCUGUGGCGGAUUGGACGCGCGAUGGAGGUCCGGUGGUGGGCGGCGGGCGUCGCGUAUAUUUCCUCACCCCAAUCUUCGACAACAUGUCUCUCAGACGAAGAAGUCAGCGCGCGUGUCCGCGUGGCGCAGAACGCGUGGCGAAGCAUCCACGAAAUGUACCUUCGAAACCGCACGUCCACUUCCGAUUCCGAUUCCAACGACGAAGAUGAAGACGUGGAUCCAUGGGACGCGAGGAACAAACCUGGCGCUGGUGUCUCGAUGGACGACACGACGUUCCGAGCCCCUAUCCCGGACCCCGACGCUGUGGUGAGGCGAGGCUGUCGCGAAGAGGAGGUGGAAAUCCCGCCUUGCUUCGUAGUCCAGGUCGCGGAGCUCCCUCGCAGCGUGAGUGUCGAGUGGCAUAGCACCGGAAUCGCUAGGGGCAAGGUCGAGCCUUUCCCAGACGGGAGCGUAGCGGUCGUGGGGACGGGGACGACGUUCUUUGCCGUGGAGGUUGGGAUUGAUGGUGAUGGUGGUGGAUGGGAGGAAAUGGCGCAUCGGGUUAAGGGGUUGGAGCAUGGGACUUUGUAUGUUGCUGAUGGUGCCGAUAGUGCUGAUUUUGGUCCAGAAGAGAGGUUCGGAGAGCUGCAGUGGGUGCCUUGCCAGAGGGUUUGGGGCAGAGAUGGGAGGGAGGUUAGUGCUGUUGUUGUGGGGAGGGUGAGUGUUGAUGAUCGAGGGAGUAUCGAUUGAAGUUGUUGAGCUUCACGGAAUCUUGACUUGAUCGAGAACUAAUCAUGCAUCCAUUCUUAGCAUUGACGUAGGUAGUACUUCUAUGGUAUGGCUCUAUCAAGAUGCAGUAGUGGUGGUAUUGCCACCCACCGUCCAAUAAACGGUUUAUUCUACUUCCUA